UUCCAGCCUUGACAAAUUGCACGCUUUGGGAGUUACCCUUCAAGAGUCAUGGAGUCCACUGAAGAAGAGGGGAGUGUUAUCUUGAUUGAUGACGAUGAAGCUGAGAGUUGUAUUUUGUUGGUUGAGGAUGCAGAAGAGAUUCCCUUGAAAGGGGAGAAUACAGAAGAAGCUGUGGAUGAGGAGGUGAUAGUUACUUUCUGCAAGAGAGCAAAAGUGAUGCCCCAUGCGAGAUACGACUGCCCGACCUACCCCUUUGAGCAAGUGGAAUGUGAAACAUCUUGCCCCCUUGGGAGAAACGCAGAAACAUGCAGCGAGUGCUACUGCUACAUUUGUGACAAGGUUGCUGCAGAGUGUAAAGAUUGGGUGACGCCUUCGUUUUGCCAUUGCAAUGCACACAACAAAAGCAAAUUCUGGAAGGAUCAGUGGCAUUCUGCUCUCACUGGCAAUCUCUCUGAGUUCAACUUGGAGCUCUCAGAAAUCGAUGCCGAUGUCCAGCAUGGGGGGGUACUCCUGCAGAAAUUUGUGCAUGAUGUUUCUGUGGAAUAUAACAAGUAUCUGUCUGGAAAUAGAAUUGCUCCAGACUUCCGCGAAUGCCUUUGCCAUCGGAAUUUGGGUCCUGGGCAGUGUGAAAAAUGCAGCUCCUCCCCUCUGUAUAUUGUGCACAGUUAUGCUUCUGUUUCUGAACUCGUAACAACCUUUCUAAAUCUGGCUGAGAAAGAGAGACCCAAAACAGAGGUCAUCAUGCUUAUGGGAGCAGCCAGGGAAAUCGCACUCCACAAGAACCUCACUCCCUUUUCGCAAAACGUUGGUCACUUGGUGUCGCUGAGCCAGGCUGUGCCUUGUCUAAUGUCCAGAAUCACACGACGACUUCAGAGGCUGCUGGUGCUGAAUGACUUUCCGAAACCUUUGUAUGACAAGCUUACCGUGUUUUACCACUCCAUUCCUUUCCCGGUUCACUGCCAUAUCUUCUCAAAUAGCCUGAAUUUCGCUCCCUGGGAUCACUUGUUGCUGGUCUCCGUCUUAAAAGGACAAAAUGUUACUGGCCAACGGAUGCUGAAAGGGAAGAAAGAAUGCCUUUGUGAAACAGUUUCAGUAGUAGAGGCGCGAAUUGAAAGGAUGGAAGGUUGCAUGCAAUACAAGGAGCUGGUCCGUUAUUUGAAGGUGGUGAAAUGCAAUGAUUCCAAGCGGUUACAGAAGUGGCAGGACAAGGUCCCCUUCUACCUGUGCAAAAGUGGAGAUUUUGCGGGCGCUGCGCAGGCACUGUUUACUGUCUACCCCAGAAGCUGCUGUGCGGCCUGCCGCCUUUCCGUGCUCCAAUUCGAGGUCUACAUGAAGAUGUUCCGAUCAGGACAGGCUCCCUUGGGAAAUGACAUGGAGGGCUCUGUGCUGUGGGGUGCAGCGGGCAUUCCUGUGAGACUACCUGUUCUGCUCAAACAGAUGUUCAAGCUGUUCUACUGCAACGUAUUGUUGUAUACAAGUCCCAAAUGCUGGAGUUCUGUGAUCAAAGUUUUUGCCAGCCACCCUGUUGUGGGAGCAGAUGGCAACCUGACAGCCAUCACUUUUAAAGAACCAUCCCAGGAAUUCCAACAGGAGGUCUCUGAAGAGUCAUGGUGCAUUGUUGAACAACUCACCAAAAAUCCCCACUCUAAUGUUACCUUCUCAAAACACUUUGGCAAAGAUUCACCCUCGGAAGCUGGGCUCAUUUUUGUGGUCCAGGCAGUUCGGCAUAUGAUCCUGAUGGAACACAACUCCCUGCACUCCUUCCUCGAAAUUGUGCUGGCUUUCGGGAGUAACCUCUGGGCUCUGAAGCUUCUGCUGGAGUCUCUGGCUUCUCACGAGAAGACUGUCCAUAACAUCGUUGCCUCGCUUCUUGCAGACCUCUGUUGCCAUAAAGCAGAAAUGUUGGGAUUGUGGCAACUCUGGGGUGCUCAGUAUGUGGGGGAGCUGCUGUGCCUCUUCCUGACGUCCAGGGAUAGAAACUUACCAUCCGUUGGCAUCUCCAUCAUCAAUAUUAUUGUGGAAAACCUGCCAAUGUGUCCGUGGGCAAAGCAGGUUAGCAAAUUCCUUCAAAAAUCUACAAAACCAUUUGGCUGGGCAGAUUAUGAAGUUUCCAGCUUUAUAGCCAUUUCACAGUCUUCCUUAUGCCUGAGACUCCCUAGGGUCAGCCAGCUUCCCUCACCUCUGGCUACUUCCGGACAGCAAAGCUCUGGAUGACGUGCGCCACUCUGCUCCUCGAUCAAGGCACCUGGAAGCCGCUUUGCGCAAUGCAGUCCUGGAGGAAACGUGUGUUUGGGAGUUGUGGUUGAAUUUCCCUGUGGAGCUCUCCAGGAUCAAAAACAGGCACAGGGAACCUGCGGCCCUCCUGAUGCUGAUGACCUCUUACUCCCAUAAUCCCUGGCGGUUGCCUGUGCUCGCUGGAGCUAAUGGGAGCUGGAAUCCACCAGCACCUAGAGGACCACAGGUUUCCCACUCCUGAUCUGGAAGGUUUAGAGCAGUGAUGGCCAAACUUGGCCCUCCAGCUGUUUUGGGGCUACAAUUCCCAUCAUCCCUGAC